CAUUACAAAAUUAAAUUAACAAACAUUCCAUUUGCGAGUCUACUGUAACCUUUCCAGAAUUGAAGGCUGAUCACUUUGCGGUUCCUGUUAUUCGAGAAAUGAUCGAGGCAGAUCCUUUAAAAAGAAUAAAUCUUACGGAUGUCAAAGAACGACUCCUUCCGUAUUACAUCCGCAAUGGACAUCAUGGUCGCACCACAGACAACAACCUUCUUCCAUUACAACUGGCCAAGCAAGGAACAACCUGUUAUUUAAACUGGCCUAUCUACAAAGAUGGUCAAUGGAGCCCAGGAAAUUCAUGUGGGGCAAAAGUAUACGAUCGCAAAUUUCUGCUUAACUUAUGGAAUCAUCCGAUAUCUCAGAAAAAACACAAAGAUUUGCCGAUUAUGGAAAUUGUACUUGACAGACCAAACAAGAGAGUUAUGGAUACGGUAAUCGCUUCUUUCAUUAAAAGCACGCAAAAGGGUUUCCUGAAAUCCGGAACAAAGCGACCGACUACGACUGCAAGAGAAAACAACACAAAAAAGCACAAUUCCUUAAAAUUUAUCAAAAUCAAUCAAAAUGUUGGAAGGGCGUUGAUUAAAAAAUCCGCAAAAAGUGCAUUAAAAAAAAAAAAAAAGAUAAAGCAUUGUGAUUUUAAAGAGGAAGUUUAAAAUUUGAAAACGAAUUUGCAUUCAAUAUUCCAACAUGUACAUUUAAAACUGACCACUGGCCACUGGCCACCACAAUAAAAGACGAGAAAUA